AUGUCGAGUUGCAAGGGUAAAAAGUCGUGGCCAGAAUUGGUUGGAAUCAAUGGAGAAGCAGCAGCACAAAUAAUCAUGAAUGAGAAUUCGAGCGUGAGUGCAAGCACUUUACCAGAAGAUUCAGUAGUUACCACUGAUUUCAGGUGUGACAGAGUUCGUGUGUUUGUUGAUAAACAAGAUGUUGUAGCACGAGUGCCUAUUAUUGGUUAAUCCAAUCACGAAGCAAUUAAUCAUGUUUGAAUAAUGAAUGUUUUGUUGUUUGUUUCUCAGUUUGGAAGUUUGUGUUUCUUAUUAUGGCAUUAUGAUGUGAUGUGAUGUCUAAUUUAAACACUACAUGAAUAAAAGAGCCAUUAAAAAUA